CGUAUAUAAAGGCAGACACCAGCCCAGGACCUGAUCUGCUGCAGAGCGAACACAUCCACACCCAGAACUUUGAUUUUUAAUCUCGGCUGCUACUCUUAACCCAAACAGAAUGGGAUCCUUUAAGUUGGCCCUGCUGCUGGUCUUUGUGUCCUGCAUUGAACGCAGUCUGUCUGCCUCCUGCAUUGUAGAUAGUUUCUCAGUCAAAGAAGACUUUGAUCCAAAGAGAUAUGCUGGGAAGUGGUAUGCCCUGCAGAAGAAAGACCCAGAGGGGCUCUUCCUGCAGGACAACAUCUCCGCCGAGUACACCAUUGACGAUGAUGGCUCCAUGACUGCCUCUUCCAGGGGACGGGUCACAUUGUUUGGCUUCUGGGUUGUCUGCGCUGACAUGGCUGCUCAGUACUCUGUACCUGACCCUACCACUCCUGGCAAGAUGUUCAUGAACUACCAGGGCCUGGCCAGCUACCUCUCAAGCGGAGGCGACAACUACUGGGUCAUCGACACUGACUAUGACAAUUAUGCCAUCACCUAUGCUUGCCGCUCCCUGAAAGACGAUGGCAGCUGCGAGGACGGCUAUUCCCUUGUGUUCUCCAGGAACCCCCGUGGCCUGCCUCCAGCGAUUCAGCGCGUCGUCCGUCAGAAACAGGAGGAAAUCUGCAUGGCCGGACAGUUCCAGCCCGUUCUGCAGUCUGGGGCCUGCUGAGCAAAAUCCAAGAAAGAGAAAUGGGGAUGAGAAGCAAGUGCCAGUCAGAUGCUGUCUUUGUGGAU